AUGCUCAUCCAAGUGCUAUUGCUCGCUUUCGCCUUUCCCAAUACGCGGAACGGAAUUUCUAUCGCGCUCGCACAGUCUACUACUGUAGCAAGCUCUUCGGUAGCAUCCACUACUACCAUUAUAUCAAGCCCUACGACUGUCGUGAACGCGGCUAGCUUUCCUUCAGUCGGAUCGAUUCCUCGCGAUUACACACCGGAAGGACUGGAACAGCUAUGGGAUAUCAUCGGACCUGUCGAGCCACCUCCAUUCACCACUACCCGUGUUCCCACCGCAGCGGAUAUCUUGCCAGACUUGAAAUUCCCUAAAGGCUUCAGAUACGGAGUCGCCACGUCCGCGUACCAAAUUGAGGGGGCCGUGAAGAACGAGGGCAAGGGUCCGACAAUGUGGGACUGGGCUACCAGACAGCCAAGCGGUACAACUGAUAACACGACUGGUGAUGUCGUCGGUCUUCAUUAUUACUUGUACAAAGAAGACGUCGAGCGCAUUGCCGCUCUUGGUGUGACUGCGCAUUCCUUCUCGAUUUCAUGGGCGAGGAUCUACCCGUUUGGCGCUGCUGAUUCUCCUCUCAAUACACUUGGCAUUGAUCACUAUUCUGACGUUAUUGAUUACCACCACCUGGCCCAUAACGUGGAGCCUGUUGUAUCGUUGUUUCACUGGGAUACACCCGUCGCCCUUCAGGCUUACUAUGGGGGUUUUACCUCACCACAAAUUGUUGACGAUUUCAUAAAGCAUACGGCGACCGUGUUAAAACUUGGUUCACGUUCAAUGAACCGGGCAAUUUCUGUAGCCAGAUUUCAUCCUAUCCUUUCAGUGAAUAUUCUACCUAUCAAACCCUAUUUCGGCAAACUUACCUUGAGAGUAGAUGUUACCCUCGCUCCUGGUGUCAAUUCGUCCACCGCCCCUUAUCAAUGUGCAUAUAAUUUAUUAAAGGCCCAUGCAGGCGCCGUCAAGGCGUUCCGCGAAAUGAACAUGACAGGGGAGAUUGGCUUCAAAAAUUCCAAUUACAUAGGCACGCCAUGGAGAAGCAACUCUACUGAAGACGCGCUUGCAGUGAUUGGCCCGACACUUGUCAAAGAUACCCUCUCCGAGGAAUAUCUUCCACGCUUUACCGAUGAGGAAAAGAGCGACCUUCUUGGCUCCGCGGAUUUCUUUUCCAUUACUUCCUACCGCUCUCUAUGGAUAAAGGCACCAGACGAAGGACUUGACGCAUGCUAUAUUUCCGAGUUCGGCACCCUAGAACCAUUCGCCUACGCGAAUGCGGAUAUUUCACAAGUCAAGGAGGACGUGCCCCGAACGAACUGUCUCCUCACGUACCUUGGUGAGAUGUUACUAUCCAUCCAUGAAGACGGUGUUCCGAUAGAGGGUGCUUUCGCUUGGACAAUGAUUGACGAUACGGAAUGGGUAGGCGGGACAAUGGUCAGAUACGGUAUUCAGCACGUCGAUUACACGACACUUGAGCGGACCUACAAACGUUCGGCGCUGUCCUUGGUCGAAUUCUUUGGGUCACACCUUCAAGACUGA